UGCGUGGAAACUAAAAAAGGCUGCACUGAGCGAGCCCUGAACUGUAGGAGCAUUUCCAGUGGCGCGUCGUGGCUGCCGGAGCGGCUCUCAGCACAAGUUUAACGAGCUGCAAGAGGACCUGAUGGAAGCGGACCAAAUAAUUGACUGAACCGCCUUUCGAGCUGCGCUCUGAUCUGCUUCAACCAUUUCAUUGUCGGGCACUUGCUGAGAAACACAUCAUGAAAAGCAGGGGGAAAGCGGCAAAGACGGUCAGCCGCUACUGGGGAGGUUGAUGUGGACUUCGCCUGCUGCGCCCAGGUGGUCCUUCCUGGAGCAUGCCCUUAUCCCACCAUGUCCCUACUUGCAGACUGGUUACUGCGCCACUCGGUGGUCAUGUGUUUGCUGCUGCACAGCUUGGUGCUUAUGACCUUCUGCUUCCACCAUGCUGCUACCAGUUGCUCCAAGAGCUGCUACUGCUCUGAGAGUGAGAUCGGUGGCAAGACGGUGCGUUGCAGCAACCUGCAGCUCACAGAGAUCCCCCAGGAUUUCCCCAAUGACACGCGACGCAUCUACCUGGACUUCAACCUCAUCACUACAGUCCCAACAAAUGCUUUUGCAGGUUUGCCUCACCUGGUUGAACUGGAUCUAUCCCACAAUGAAUUAAGCCAGUUAGAACCAGGGGCAUUCAGAGGCCUCGGCUCCUCACUACAGUUCCUAGACCUUUCUUCUAACAAGUUAGAACACUUUAGCGCUGAGGCCUUCGAGGGCCUGCGGUCUCGCGCCAACCUAACAAAUAAUCCAUGGCAUUGUGACUGCAACUUGCAGAUGGCCAUGCCCCGUGUGGACCUAGAGCCUGCAUCGCUGACAGGUAUCGUGUGCCAGACUUCAGAUCCAGAGGAAAUAGGAGUUCAAGGACUUGCCUUUCUGUUGGCACCAGACAUAGACCUAUGUGUGGUGAUGAAGAGGACUACAGAUGUGGCCAUGCUGGUCGUCAUGUUCGGCUGGUUCACCAUGGUCAUCUCCUACCUGGUCUACUAUGUCAGGGCUAAUCAGGAGGAUGCCCGCAGGCACCUGGAGUAUCUCAAGUCAUUGCCCAGCAGACAGGGCAAGUCAGAGGAGUCUUCCACCAUUAGUACUGUGGUAUAGGGCCGAUGGUGCUGCACGUGGGACCUGAAGUAGUGACCCACACCAAACAGGUUGAGCUACAACCUACAAGUAUCAUCAGUCUCAGAUGGUUUGUCACAGAGCCAAGGUGGGCAACAAGACAUGUGCACCUGAACAAGAAAACCAGUCCGAUGCAACCUAGCCAAGAUGAAUAAUUCAUCUUCUCGUGGCCCAUUAGGAGUUUUUGUUGGCUGAGUUGAUGGACUAGUCUGUGCGCUAAGGAAGUAAAAGCAGCGGCAUGUUUUUGGUGAACUCCAAAUAUGGGAUACAAAUGGGAUUUAUCUAGUGGUGCAUUCACCUAGAUGCACCUCGCUCACACACAGACAAUUAUGGAGGCAAACAGCAAUUUGAACAAUGGGAACUCUAGAAUGAGGAAACUCCAUGUGCAACUGUUUUCCAUUAAAACCCAUAUGGUAUUCACCAGUAUAUUCUCAGUAAAAUUAUGUUUUCCAAUUUAA